AUGCCUUCCCUCAGUCGAAGCUUGGCCCUGGGGUACGUCAUCAUACUCCAGGUGCUUUACCUCUCCUUCGGCACUGGAGGAGGAAUCAUCAUCGACCUCGUUCUGGCCGCUUUUAUAGCAGUCUCCAGCAUCGCCGGCAUCUGGCUCAUCGCUUCAGCCAUCAUCCCUCGCAUCAGUGAGACCGUCCUCUCCAGUCGUCCUAUCGAAUACUACAUGACCUUCAAGCAUCCGGCAAAUGUCACAAAGAUCCCUAUGGCCACCUUCUGCCAGAUGUACCUCGACGGAGACGUCAAGAUGAACGGAGACACCCUGGCUAUGCUCGAGAAGAGAUACGACUGGGCUUCUUUCCGUCUGACCUUCGGUCUCAUCUACCACAUUCUCUUCAAGCUCAUCCCAAAAAUUGUUGAGGAUCUCUGCUUUCAUGAUGACGGAUAUGUCCACCCAGCCCACGGGAGACUCGAUCUUGGCGUACUCCGCGGCUUCCUGGGACCCCGGAUGAUGCACACUUCCGGUGUUGUCCGCGAUACCAAUAAGCAAGAAUCUCUCGAGGAACUCGAGAACAACAAGCUCGGCGUCAUCUGCGAGAAGAUCCACCUCAACUCGUAUCACAGAGUCCUCAGCAUCGGCUACGGCUGUGAAGCGCUAGCCAACUAUGCUCGUCGCAUCUUCCCGCACGUUCCGUUCACUGGUCUCAACCAUACCGGCCAUUAUACCAAUAUUCCUCCCAUCAGAGGCGGCUACAAGGAAAUCGUCUGCACGCAUCUCGCCGAGCACAAGGGCCCCGGCAACUCCAUGGCUCUGCACAUGGGUCCUGACGAGUAUGCAGACUUCUUCAAACACAUUCACAGCCUACUCGCCGACGACGGCAUCUUCUUCCUCGAGGGCGCGGGCGCGAAUGAGUUCUGGCAGUACGAGGAUAUCGUAUGGAGACUCCUGAUGGCCAGAUACGUCUGCCCCGACGCCGUUCCUUAUGCCUCGCUCGCAUCCUUGACCAACCAGCUCGAGACCGCCGGAUUUAGAGUCAAUAGUGUAGAGAACUUUGAUCGCCACUACUCUGAGACGGUUCGGAAGUGGUACGGCAACUUUGUCCGGAAUCGAGAGGCUUUGGUGGCCAUGUACGGCCCCCAGAUCUACCGGACGUUCGAGUUCUUCCUAGCUUAUAUGGUCAUAAUCUUCGGCCAAGGCAGCGCCAACUCUCACCAGAUCGUCGUAACCAAGAACCCCAGUUCUGUCGACCGAACCGAGUCUGAGCCUGAAGUUGAGGAGUCUUUUUGGGAUCUCUGCGAGUAG